AUGGCAACUAUUGAGAAGUUGUACCUAUUUAAAUGCCCAUCAUUUAUCACUUCAUACAAAAGUUCUUGUCUCGGAGAAACUAUGGAAAAUUUACUUGCAACAAUGUUACCUAACUAUGAAACAAUAUUAAAUAAGAUAGUUCCUUCAGCAAAUAAUUGGAAUCAAACAACAAGCCAAACUGUCGAUCAAUUAUUCGAAAUAAUCAAUUAUGGAGCAGAUAAAUUUCCAAAAAGUGCUACACUUGCUAGCGAACUUUUGAAAUUAAUUGAUCAUGUAUUUGCAUUGGUCAAUGAACCACUAUUCUACGAUAAUCUUCAGAAAGCAUCGAGCAUAGAGACGACUUUCGUGGAUACGACGAUUAGAUUUCUUAGGAAUAUCAUAAGUGAACCAGCAAUUCUUACUUAUAUAAAAAAAAGCUCGUGCAACACCUAUAUUUCUUCGUGUAACAUCAUGCCAAUCUAA